AUGUGGGACAGACUCAAAAUCAUUCCCCACGGUUCCCAUGGGUCUCACACUUCAUAUGGCUCUGGGAGACACGGUGGGCACCCUCUCGACGACGACAGGUUACGCGUGGGCCUCGGGAUAGGCUACGGUGCGACACCCAAGGGAUACAGCUAUUCGAUCAAAGGUGGACCGGCGCCUCCGCGACCUCCACGAGAGUUUUAUGCUUCGAGAUACUUGCCUCAGCCUGCCUGGUGCCCGAGUCGCACGUCGCCUGCAGCAGCCACUCUUUUCUGUGUGUUGGGACGCGACUUUUGGAUUGCUGCGCUCGAAACCGCCCCUGCCGUCAAGGAACCACCUCGUCGCAACCCGAAUCGCAUCACGGUGCGCACGGCCAACAUCAACCUCCGCCCUCCCUCGUCUGUGUACUCAUCAGACGACGACGACUACAGUCCCCCACUAGCAGCCCCAGUGGCAUCUUACAACGCAAACCUGGCGACCACAUACGACUACCGCUACGGCGGCGGCCCGGGAGCGGCUGAUGAGAUCUCCCCGCCUAGCUCGCCCGAAGUUCCGGUUCCGCAGAGCCGGGGGAAUACAAGCAUCCCGGUGAUGCGCCGCGAGCGUAGGAGACAGUCGGAUAUUGCGGCGCGAGAGAACCAUCGUGGGACACAGCUGCAGCAACCGCAACAGCAACAACAAAAACAAUUUCAACAGCAGCAGCAGCAGCAGCAGCAGCAGCCACAACAACAACAGCAGCAGCAGUAUCAAGAUCAACAGCCUCGAAAUGCACCCAGGUGGGAUCCACUCACCGGAGAACAGACUGGCAACGCUCAGGGCUACCCAUCCCAGGUCGCCAACCCGGCCGAGUUUGCUCAAGGCUUGGCCACUGCGUCGCAGAGUGCUGGAUGGUCGGACCCUCAGCAGUCCGUUGGGCCGACAGCAGGGCCGCCCUCGUUCGGCGAUCGGUGGAGGAGGAUGGCUAAAAAGGCUGGCGCAGCUGCUGCAGCUGCAAGGGAUGGCAACACAGACCCGGCUGCCGGUGCUUUUACUUCUACGCGGCCCGGCUGGCGUGGUGCGAGUGGCCGGACCGCGAUUGUCGACCCGGUGCACGACACGCGUGCAGUAGCCCCGUUGAAGAUCCCCGAGAAGAGCAGCAGGAGGAACAUGCCACCUUCGGCCGGGCCAGGACCAGCAGUCGUUGGAGGGGCUCGAGUGAACAACAGCAGCGCCGUAGAUGGCCCGGUCCGCCGCGGCCAGACCCCGCCGAUCAGCCCACCCCCGUCUGAAACACCACCAGCUAGGUCUGCCCCGCAAGAGGCCGCUCGGAGAAUCAUGCCCUCGUCCCAAACCCCCGCGGCCCAAACCGCACAGACGCAAUUUCAGACGACACAGCAGCAGCAGCAAAGGUAUCCCAGUCCACCCCUAUCCGGGACUCCAGUGCAGGCCGACGCUCCUGCCGUGGCCGCGGCCCGAGAACUCGUGCGGGAUGCUCAGUACGGGGUUGGCACCGGUGUUUCUGCCCCUGCUCAACCUUCCCCAACCUUCAACAACUCUCCCGAGUCCAUCAACCAGCUCCGCCGGAAACCACCUCCCGUUCACACCGACCCGCAUCACCCCGCGCACUAUCACCAUCAACACCAGGUCUCGGUCUCGUCCGUCUACUCGACGGACAUUGUGCACCAAUCACCGGGGGCCAUCCACGACGUCGUAGAGGCCGUGGAGGAAGAAGAACCCUACGUCCAGCCCCCUUCGCGCUUCAGCAUCACUACCUAUGCGACCAGCACGGCUGGAACGACGCGCACGGACGACCCGGACGACCACUUCAACGACGACCACCCUCCGGUCCCUUCUCUACCUUCCGACUACCAACACCAGUACACGGGCACUCCCGGCGGACCGGUUCGGCCCACAUCCGACCACAGCCCCGUCACCUCCCCCAUCGACCAAUUCAUGACCUCCCCCUUUUCCGUCCCCCCCGGCGGCGCCGCCGAGUCCCGCAGCCCUUCCACCGACCCCGAACAACAACAAGAACUCCAACAAUUCGCCAGCGCCAUGAACCCAGCCCUCGCCCGCGCCCUCGCCAUCGACCGCCCCUCCUCCCGCGCCUCCGACAUCAACAAAUCCCUCCCCGCUCCACCCCCGGAACAAACCGCCGACCAGGCCCGCGACCGUGUGGGCUUGCUCAACGCCCAGCUGCGCUCCCUCGCCAACCGGCGUAUCAAUAUCAACCGCUCCAUCGCGCAGAUGACCGAGCUGAUGCCGACGGACAAGCUGAUGAAUUCUGCGGCGGUGGUCCGUAAGCGGGAGGAUGAGAAGAAGAAAGUGGAGGUGCUAAGGCAGGAGUUGGCGGACGUGCAGCGGGAGGAGUAUGAGUUGGGGUUGAAGCUGCAUCGGGCGUAUAAGAGGUUGGAUCGGGAGGCGGAGUGGGAGCCUACGACGUUGUGGGUGAGGAGGGUAACGAAGUAG